AUGAACCUGCCAGACUGGAUCUCUGAGGGUUUUUCGGUGCUGGCGGCACGACGACUCAUUGCGAGAGCUCGGCCGGAGCCAGUGCGAGACGACUCUUUAGCGACACUAUCUGACGCGCUCUUGGGUGUGCAUAAUGUGAUCGAUUGGCUUGAGUUGUCCCAAGCGGCUCAAAUUCGGGAUGCUACCGUAGAGGAGAUGGCUAGGGUACUUGACACUCAGCUUAAUCUUCAGCGAUUGCGUCGUGAUUGGACGGCUCAUGAAAGCAGGAUUGCCAUACUGCUUCAUGUAUCCAACAUAAAUGAGGGGGUCUUAUUUCUGAAGGAGACAAGAAGUAUACCUCAAUCAUGUUAA